GGUGGGAAUGAGUAUGAAUAUGACAGAUGGAGUCAGUACAAAGCGUUUUAUAACACCCCUGAUGCUGAUAGAGAGUAUGUGCUGUACUGGGAAAAGAUGGUCAAGGAAAUGAAGUGGCUUGAAAAUCAUGUGCUUAAAGAUUUUCUGGAGUGGGAGCCAAUGCGCCGUAAAGGUUUGUACCAAUCAAUUAAGAUUGCCAAUGGGUUCAGCAACAUUCAUUUGGGUCUAGCAUGUCAUGGUUUCGAGGAGUAUGUAUUGAGGACUCGCCUUUAUCGUCUGUUUGUGGAAGGUCUUGACCGUGCCUUUCUUGAGAUUUGGAAGCGGGUCAAUGAGGGUCAGACGUCUUUCAGAGAUGCUCUGCAGGAAGUUUACAAUGAGAAUCCGGUUCCAUUGCGCCAACAUACUUUGAAGGCUGAGCUGGAGUGCCCCGGCGGUUUUUUGCAACUGGAGCGACAAUUCCGCCGGUGCACAGAAGGCAUUAGUAAGGAACUUCCAGAUCGAAGAGUCCAAGAGUUGAUUGCACAGGAAAUUAAUUACAAGCGUGCGUUGCCAAAGACGUAUGCACAGUACGCCAGGAAGAAGCUCCAAGUUGCAGAAGUCUUGGGAAUCAUUCCCAGGGCCGAGAUUCCAGCGUAGCUGUGUUUGCUUGUUGCUGGCUUCCGUGGUGAUCUUUUGGCAUUAAUUAGAUGCCCAUGUACAUGUGGGCUUAGAUAUAUGGCGUACCCUUUUUGAGCAAAUUGUUCAUUGUGCCUCGAGAUCUGCCACGAUAUCAUUCGAUGUGGUUCGUACUAUGGAAUUGUGUGAUGGGAUCUUUUAUUGAAGAAAAAACUUUAUGCGGCUGAUGGUGCUAAAGAAGUAAA